UGGAUACCAUUUUAAACUUUAUUUCUUUGUGGCUACCAAAGGGAAGCCAACUGCACGAUGCUAGCUAUAUCGUGCCAUAUCGUGCUUAUCAUGCCGAUUGUGUCGUAUAAGAGCACCGUAGGUAGCUCUUUGAUGGAAAGUUCCGAGCAAAUGGCAUUGACCGUCCGUCACUCCAGCACGCAUGGAGGAGCAUUUGCCACAAUCGAUACAUAUAGUAUUUAAAUAAUCAGAACGAAGAAAGAGAACGAGAACAAGAAAACGAAAAAAGGUCCCAUGCUUGACUCCACUUCGUCUGGAACGCUAGAAGAAUACUAUGUGGUAGGUAUAUCGUCCGGUUGUAUUAUUGCUAAUACCUUAGUCUGCACCCAACCGAGAUCCUACCCGCACACCCCCUCGCAUUUUUUCUUUAUUGUUCUGUCUACGGCCUUCGUGCCGUGCGUCGUCCCGGGAGUAUUCUCGCAACACAAAAUAGCCUUAACUGGUUGUAAGGAAUAUGUGGUCUCCGGGACAUAUUACCGUCGAUGCAGGCCACUUUUUAAUUACUUACACAUAAUAUCCUUCUGGUGCUAUCUGGCAGCGGCAUGGUGAAUUCCGAUGGAUGAGAGAUCUAAAUUCGAACGACGAAAAAAAAUGAAGAAGAAAAAGAAACCUCUGGGGAACUCUCUCUGACCUGUCAAAAUGAGGUGCCAUGGUCUAUGAUCCAUGGUUUAAGGCUUAUGGUUCGUAGCUCGUGGCAGCGACACUCACCACUGGACUCUGGAGGAUGAUAUGAACGGGGCUAUGGUUAAAGACACGGCUCUCGACUUCUUAAACUCUCCCCGUGCCCCUUUGUCCUUCUGCCUUCGCACAUUUAACAAUAACCUAAAGUGCCAUCGCCAAGAGAUCAAAUGGCGCACCGAUGGUGAUGAGGAAGGAAGAGCACAUGGGGCGAGGCCAACCGAUCGACCCGGUUACUCCUCUUAGUAGAUUUCGAUAUAAUAUAACUUUACGUAUAAAGAGAGAUCAACUAUGAGGUAGUUGGUAUGACCGGUAUGUGUGGUAUGUGAAUGGAUAGUAAUAGUAUAACUGGGAAAAGGUACAGGUAGGUACAUACCGUACAUGUUCAGUUAUAUGUGUGUACCUAGCGGGCCAAUGAGGGUUUAGGUUGGCACCUAUGACUCCCUCGAAGGUACGGCACUAGGCAUUGAAGUCUUUGCUCAGGCUUGCCCAGUGCCCACCCCUCCUAGAAGUCCGAAACUCGCUAGUCCCAUUAUCGGGCUUCUGAUUCGCGGUGGCACUACUAGGGGGCCUACAUAGUGCUGGGGUUCGGCACAAGGCCAGG